CCCAGUCUCCCUGCUCAGCGUUGGCUGUUGGUCAAGUUGUCUUCUUUUCCAGAUUCCAGAACUCGAAUUCCCUACCAUGUCGUCUGAAGAAGGAAAACUCUUCGUGGGAGGGCUCAACUUCAACACCGACGAGCAGGCAUUGGAAGACCACUUCAGCAGCUUCGGGCCUAUCUCUGAAGUGGUUGUCGUCAAGGACCGGGAGACUCAGUGGUCCCGAGGUUUUGGCUUCAUCACUUUCACCAAUCCAGAGCAUGCCUCAGAUGUCAUGCAAGCCAUGAAUGGAGAGUCCCUGGAUGGCCGCCAGAUCCGUGUGGACCAUGCGGGCAAGUCAGCCCGGGGAACCAGAGGGGGUGCCUUUGGGGGUCAUGGGCGUGGUCGCAGCUACUCUAGAGGUGGUGGGGACCAGGGAUAUGGGAGCAGCCGGUAUGAUAGUCGGUCUGGAGGAUAUGGAUAUGGAUAUGGAAGGUCCAGAGACUAUGGUGGCAGAAACCAGGGUGGUUAUGACCGCUACUCUGGAGGGAAUUACAGAGAUAAUUACGACAACUGAGAUGAGGUAUACACACAUAAUAAUGUAGUUAGGAAGCAAUUUCCGAACAUACCUACAAGAAAUCUCCAUCAAGAACAUGAUUGCUAAGAGGUGUUUUUUUACUCUACGUUAUGAGACUACCAACCUGAUUAUAUAGAAGAACUUUAAAAUGUUUGUGAAUGUCAUCUUUUUAAUACUGGAAGAAAGAAAUAUUCUGUUGUGUUUCAUAUAGUGUUUAGGAUGUCCUUCAUGGAGCUGAUUAAAAAGAUGCAAUUUGAAAA